UCCUGCGGGCCGGGCGGGCGGCUGUCGGCGGCGGGGCGCGGGCCGCAAGAUGGCGACCGCCAUGUACCUGGAGCACUACCUGGACAGCAUCGAGAACCUGCCGUGCGAGCUGCAGCGGAACUUCCAGCUGAUGCGGGAGCUGGACCAGAGGACGGAAGAUAAGAAAGCCGAAAUUGACCGCCUGGCCGCAGAGUACAUCGAGUCGGUGAAGAACAUGUCAGCCGAGCAGCGAGUGGAGCACCUGAGGAGGAUCCAGAGCGCCUACAGUAAAUGCAAGGAGUACAGCGACGACAAAGUGCAGCUGGCCAUGCAGACCUACGAGAUGGUGGAUAAGCACAUCCGCCGGCUGGAUGCGGACUUGGCGCGGUUUGAAGCGGAUCUGAAGGAUAAACUGGAGGGCAGUGACUUCGAAAGCUCUGGAUCACGAAACCCGAAAAAGGGAAAAAGUCAGAAAGACAAAAGAAGCUCUCGUGGUCGAGGUAAGCGGACGUCUGAAGAGGACACACCAAAGAAAAAGAAGCUGAAAGGAGGCUCCGAGUUUGCUGACACCAUCCUGUCAGUGCAUCCCUCAGAUGUCCUGGACAUGCCUGUGGACCCCAACGAGCCCACCUACUGCUUGUGUCACCAGGUGUCCUACGGGGAGAUGAUUGGCUGCGACAACCCAGAUUGCCCCAUUGAGUGGUUCCACUUCGCUUGUGUGGACCUCACCACCAAACCAAAAGGGAAAUGGUUUUGUCCGCGCUGUGUUCAGGAAAAAAAGAAAAGUAAGAAGUAAAGGGGAAAUACCUCCUCUGAGGCAAGAAGAGUUUUAAUAUAUUCCUUCCUUCAUGUUGCAAUAUCAUCUUUGAUUUCGAUUGUGAUCUUAAAACCUGCCCUCCUCCGUUUCUGAUAUGCUAUUUAAUUGUCCAGUUGUAAUUCCUGUUCUUUUGUGAAAAGUGACUUUGGGAAGGGAGGAAUGUGCCACAGGGAUUUUAUUUAUGUUACUCUCGCACAGCACUGAGAUCAGUGUUACUCUGAAGUGCUAGGACAGCCCAUAGCUGUAGUCUGCUUGUUUUUAGGAGUCUCUUAAACCCUGUGAGGCACUGCAGGAAAUUGAGAUACCCACCUCUUCAGUAUGAUGCAUACCAUCGCUGAAGACAUUCAGACUCAGAGCUUAGCAUGACAGAAAAAGCAAUUCUCUCUCAUGCAGCCUACAGGAAAGGAUUAACUCCAUUGUUUUGGUGUGAUGCCCAUUUGUUGUGCAGUUUUGUAGUACAGAGAGGAUCAAGAAAGCUUAUUGGCUUUUUACAGUGUCUGUUUUCCUCAAAGCCAAAUGCUGUGCUUACUUUUGGCAGGGUGAGUAUGGGAGAGAGAAGACCAUGUCUUCUCAUUUGGGGAAUUUCUUCUGUCUAACUCUGCACUGCCUUUCUGUUACUUGGUUUUGCUCACAUCCACGUUACAGCCUCAACAGAAGCAAACUUUAUGGCUUUUAACCUCCUUCUGUAAAAGGCUUGUGUCUUCUGGAACAAAACCUCUAAAUAUCAAAGGAGUUGUCCUGCAGUGUUACAGUAGUACUGAGAAAACAAGUUACCUUUCCUGUCCGUUUUUGUUGCUUUUAAGCAUGUUACUGUGAAAUUGAAACCUAAAGUAUUGUGACAGGGGGUCCGAUUUAUUCAUACAGAAAGAUGAAGGCCUGAUUUUCUGUUAUAUCUCAAGCUUUAAGGGGAGAUUCUAUGAGGACAAUGUGUACGUGGCAGUGAUGAUGCAGCAAAGCUGGAGGGUGGCCGUGUGGUAGUGUGGUGGGAGUUUGGUUUUUGGGUAGCUUUUGCUAUGAAAAAGUGCCAUUAGAGAAGGCAGUGCAGCAGGAAUGUCUUUAAAUUACUGCAUGUCUUUUUCGAGGAGGCAAGUUUGUCAGCUCUUGACCUCUUGAAGCUGCCUUUCAGAUCUCGAAUGUGAAUGCUUGCUGUCAUCACAGUGUCAGUUGCUGCAGCAAAAGGAUGAGAAGGAAAUCAUGAGUAGGAAAACAAAACUCUGUGUUCUGUUAGUUGUUUUUUUUUUCUCCUUCCUCUGAGUUAACAGUGGAUGCAGAAGUGGAGGGAAGAACAGAUAACUGUUGUCUUUAGGUAUCUCCUGUCUUAUGGGGCUUAACUGCCUACAACAGAGACAUUGUGGGUAAAGGUUGUUCUGCCAGGGGAGGGAGAAAACAAAGCAAAAAGCCCUGCAGCAGGAUGGAGCAGGGUCUGUGAGCCUGUGAUGGCUGUUAAUGGCAUCUGCAUAUUGCUCUGCAUACCAGCUCUUGAUACAGGCUGUUGGAAAGGCUUCCAGAUAAGCCCUUUCUUCUGCUUUAAAAACAACCUGAAUAAACAGUACAGAAGGGAAGAAAACCAAAACAAAACAAAUCUAAUCUGACUUUGGCACCAGCUUCCAAAAGAAAAAAGUUUUUUCUUGUCUUGCCCUGACCCUCUCAUUUGUGUUUUGCCAUGAAGGAAAGUAGAACUCAGCUCAUGCCAGUUUAGCCUUCCUGUUUUGCUCUGGGUUUGUAGCUGCUUGCAGGUAUGUUAGGAUUGUCGCAGAGAAACCUUUUGGUACUGAGACAGGUUUUCUGUGAACCUUCUGAUGUAUCUGCUGUGCAGAGAGCCUGUCUGCAAGGUCCUGUUGUUGGAAGUGUGGCAUUGUACAUCUUUGCUGCGUUGCAUCACUCCACGUUUUAUAUGAAGUUUCUGUAGUUGAUGUUUACAGGAAGAUGCAUGUUUGUCAUUGCUGCCGUUGUAAAAGCAUCCCGAAACUACACAGACAGGUUAGAAACAGAACGCUGGUGGGAAGGGAGAGGAAAAGCACAAUCUCACAAAGCUGGGCUUAGAAAUACAGCCGGCCUUCUCCUCCUCUCUGCCUCUGUUUUGGGAGUAAAUAUAAUUGCGAUACCUCAUGAGCCAGCCUGUGAUUCAGUACCAGCAGUAAGCCUGUACCUCACUGACCUGCUACACUGGAUUCCUCGUAAGGGUGGCUGACCUGAAGGCUAUGAUGCUGUCCCAAGUUCUGUUUUCUCCUUCUGUCCAAUGCUAUUGUAAACUUUUUUCCCUUGUCUCCCAAGGCUGUAACAGUCAUGGUAUCACUGUAAAUCAAGCGUUGGAUUUGAAACAAAUCCAAAAGUAGAUUGUGCCUCUUGGGAGAUCUUGCGGGUAUGGAAACGCACAGCUGUGCAGGUCAGUGCCAAGCUGACUGCUCUACACUCGGGAAAGAUGAUCAGGUGGGACAGCAAAGUGUACUUUAUUAGUACGUGCUUUCUUGGGCUUGGACAAGCAGAUGCUUUCUAUUUCAACCAGCAAAGCAAAAAAAAAAAAAUCAAACAACGUUCUAGAAGUUGGCAUCAAUCCUCAAAGGGAAGGAAGCUUCUUCAGCAGGACCCAGGAUCAGCACGUGGUGCAGACCUGGCUGCUCCGUACGGCGUGACACCACCAAUGUGUCCUCAGAACCCACACCAGCAAUAAGCCCAGCCUGCCCCUGGGCUGGGGGACCCACAGCCUUCACUUCUGGUCGCAAAAGAGUUAAAAUCUUUCUCCUGAAUUUUGAAUGUACAGUGUUAAAUACGCCCUUAUGGAGAAGGAUGGACAGACUGUGGUGCGGAGAGGAAUGUUCCACUGACAGUUGUCAAUGCACCAAAGUGUUCAGCUUUACUACAGCUCAGCCAAACUGGAGGUGAAACGAUGUUAACCCAACAGCUCUAUUUUUUAAAGGAAUUAGAUCUAUGUUCCCUUUGUAAAUGGAAGAGAAUAUAAAUCUUUUUAUGAAAAAAAAAAAAAGAAGAAUGUAAAGUUAAAAAAAAAUAAAUGUAUAUCUGUAUUUUUGGAUCACGUUAUGGAUAAUGAAUAUAUUGAUAUAAAUAAAAUAUUUUUGGGAACCGA